AUGUACGCUAAAAAUUUCUGGUGCAGAUCUGCAUUAGCUACGCUCCUAGUAGUUUGGAAUCUGCUUCUCCUCGCAAGUCUCUUUUACACCAAGAUGCCUAAUACCAGAUGCCGGUGCGCAGACGAGAAAAACCCGACCGUGCUUCCCGCGGCCAAUGGCUUCACAAAAAGCAGGGGUCCUGUGACGUUGGUGGUGGUCACGUGUGGGAACCGCUUGGAACUGACCAUGACCAAUCUCAAGUCAGCCAUCGCCUUCUCAAGAACUCCCCUGAGACUGAUCCUGUACGCUGAUGAGGAGAACAUCAAGAUUCUUCAAGACAGGAUCAUGCAGUGGCCAGCAAGUGUCCAAGCCCGGAUUACCUACGACCUGCGCCUGGUCAUGUUCCCAAGUGCGAACUCCGAAAAGUGGAAGAAACUCUUCGCGCCCUGCUCUGCACAGCGCCUCUUUCUCCCAGACAUGCUACCGGAUGAGGAUGCGGUUCUGUACCUGGACGCGGACACCCUCUUUCUGAACCCAAUCGAGGAACUUUGGGAUGUCUUCGGGAAGAUGAACGAGACUCAAUUGAUUUCCCUAGUUCCUGCGAUUGAAGACGAAGCUAACAACCGGUACAAGCUGAAACACGAGCACCCCUAUGUUCAUCCUUUUGGAGUGAACGCCGGCGUAAUGCCCAUGAACCUCACGCGCAUGCGCAACUUCGGCUGGGUGUCGCGCAUGGGGCCACUCCUAGAGGAGUACGAGGACCGGAUCUUUCUGGGCGACCAGGACCUGGUGAACGUCCUCCUCAGCUUCCACCCGGACAGGCUGUUUCUAAUGACGUGCAGGUGGAACUAUCGCAAGGAAAACUGUAUGUUCCACAAGUCGUGCGCGGGCGAAACACCUGCACUGGUGCAUGGAAACCGGAAUCGCUCUACGGACCCGGACAGGGAGCCCACCAUCUACGCCGUCUUUUCUGUCAUGCAGAAGUACGAGCUCGGAACAAGCUUAGAACGGAACUUCAUCGAUCCACUGGAACGCGAGCUGCGCCGGGUCCGGCAAAGCGAGUGCUCAGUCCAAUUCAUGUUCCACUCGAAGCAGUGGCGAGUCCUGGCGCGACAGCUGGACAGCGAACGAGGCUUCAGUGACGACGCCAUCAAUGCGACGACAUCUUUGUCGACAUCAACUUGA